GCAACAGCAGAGGAUGACACAAUGGAGUUGUGCUAUGCUUAAUGCACACAUAAUUUCUAAUAAUUAACUGAUGAUUUCCACACAGUCCUGACACACAAUCAAGACGCCGAAUUAACAGUGUGCUUGUUAAACUUGUUGUGUUUUCAGAGCUAGCUAGCUAGCUAGCCAGUAGUGUGGGUCAGUGGUGGUACCCAGACAGCUUCAGCUUCAGCUGCCACACACAAAAUAAUAAGAUAGUUAUACCUGCAGUAGCAUCGUGCAGGUAGACUGGUAGACGUUUGUUCUCCUUGAAGCGGCUAAUCAGGACGGAUUAACAGAGAAAUUUAGCAGAGCAACAGGACUCACAGCAACAAAAACAAACCGGAUCAUCUCACGUUGACUGUAGAUGAGAUGGAGACGAGCAUGUCGGAGGUCCAGGAGUCCGGGGAGAGACGAGAAAACAAGAGAAAGGCCGAAUCUGAUGGAGAGAGAGCCGGUGAUGAAAAUAUGUCUGGUUCCCCGUGUGAGUCUGUUCCCCCCACAAAUGAAACUCCCAGAAAGAAGACACAAUUGGAAGACGACUUUCUCAGAGUGACCAAAAAAGCCGUAGUGGUCUUGACCAGACUCCCUGAAUAUACGAUUGACGCUCUGCGACCACCAACGCCUCAGCAGUUCUACAGCGAAGACGAAUCCCCCAGCAACUCUGACUCUGAUAUGCAGUGGGAGCCAGAGGCUGAUUCAAGUGAUUCUGACUUCUCGGUCUCAAAAAAGAAAACUGUAAAACCCGCCAACACUGACCCAACAAGAAGACCUUCACCACAAACGAGUCAAAACAACAACAAUGAACCAGCCCCUGUAAUAAUAUCAUCAGCCUUCGCCUGUUGCUCUGAUGAAACCACAAAGAUCCGCCCUAACUUGCCAGAGGAAGAGGUCAACGUGGACAUGAUGGUCCUAGCGAGGAAGAGGGCCAUGAGAUGGCAACGGGGAAAAAUAGUGGAGAUAGUAACAAGAGAAGAUGGACGGUUGAAGUAUAAAGUUAGUUUUGAAGAAAAGGGGAAGAGCCUUGUGUCUGGCCACCACAUCGCCUUUGACACCAUACCCAAACUGAACCAGCUGUAUGUCGGCGCUCGUGUGGUGGUCGGGUGUCAAGAGGACAAGCUGCGGUUCCAGCCUGGUAUUUUGGCAGAGCUGCCCACCAGAAAGAACCGCUUAAGGUUCUUGGUCUUUCUGGAUGAUCACAUGCCGGUUUAUGUUGGUUUACCUUUACUUCACCUGGUGUGCAGACCAUUGGAAGACGCUGUAGAUGACAUUCCAGACGGCCGUCAUAAGUCUUUCAUGAGUCGAUACUUGAAGGACUGGCCAUAUCCACAUUUAACCCAGUACAAGGCUGGACAGAGCCUUACUGUAGAAUUAAAUGGAGUCCAGCAGAGGUGUGAGGUGCAGGUGGUUGACAGCAGCUUGAUACACGUUGUUUUUCAGGAAAAUCAACAUAUGGAGUGGAUCCAUCGAGGCUCCAUACGACUUAAACACAUGGCAAGAUUUUUGGAACUGCGAAGACUGGAAGAGCACAAGAAUGGCUGACUAAACGCCAACAGACAUAACAAAAACAUGCAUUUUCAGAAAUAUCCAUCAUUGUUACCCCAAAGUGUUUUUGGAAACACUCUAAUGGAACAACUUUAGGUGAAAAAUAAGACUUUCACGUAUGAGUGCACAUGAAUAACUUGGAGCUGACAUCUGUUUUGUCAAAAAUAGAAAUGAUCACAAGCAAGAAGUUGCCAAUCAAAGGAACAUUUUAUUACAUAUUUCAAUAUUGUGUCCAAUAUAAUACAGCUGUGAGGUGCAUACUUAGGCAAUCAGCCUACAUUCCUACUUAAAAAGUAGUAAUGUCAUCCCCCUCAGUAGUACAAUGAUCUGUGCAGCAAUACAGCAAAGCUUUCGGGAUGAGACACCUUAUAGAUCCAAUUCCUGAGAGGAAACUGCACUCAACUCCUGCUCUUGCAUGACACACAAAAUAGAUCAAGAUAAUGGUUUUGCUUACAAUAUAUAAUUAACUUAAAUUGCUUUUAUUAUUUUGUAUAAUAAACUAUUUAUAUCUGAUGUAACCUCUGAGUUUGUGAGAUGCAUUUUUGAAUGUCCACUAAUCAGAAAGUGACACCGAUCCACACCCCGUACCAGGU